AUGUAUGGAGAUACUAAUAAAAGCACACCUAUUUAUAUAAUUAUUCAAUUGUGCCAUCAAGGAAUAGAAAAGAAUAAACUAAUAGAAAAUGUUAUCGCAUUUACUGUUAUCAAUAUAAAAGAAAUCAACAGUUCUACACUUAAAACAUUAAACUGGUAUAACAUUGUGGAUGGUUCAGAAAAAAUUGGAAAAAUUUAUAUGGCAGCCGAAAUCACACAAAUUAUGUCUAAUGAAUUAACAGUAACUGAUAACGAUUUGAACGUUCCCUUGUUGAAACACGGCAACGUGCAUUUGUAUCCUAUACCAGUUGGUAAUGACAAACAAAGAACGGUUCAAGAAUUAUUAUUUUCUAAUUCAGCAUCUCAAAUAUGGCCAGGAUUAAAACCGAAUAAGAAAUGCAAAGUAGUCGUGCGUGUUUAUAUAUUGAGAGCAUAUAACUUACAUCCCUGUGAUUUAAGUGGAUUAUCAGAUCCAUAUGUAGAGAUUGUUUUAGGGAAAUCCCUUCGAAUUACAGAUAACAAAAAUUAUGUUCCUAAAACAUUAAAUCCCGUGUUUGGAAGGUGUUAUGAAAGAGAAAUAUCAUUUCCAAAAUGUUCUAUAUUAAAAGUUAGAAUUAUGGAUUAUGAUAGAAUUGGAAAAGAUGAAUUAAUCGGUGAAACGACAAUUGAUAUUGAAUCAAGAUAUUUUAGCAAACACCGAGCUCACUGUGGACUACCAAAACAAUAUAACAAGGAUGGAUAUAAUCGUUGGAGAGAUAGUGAAAAACCUUCAAGAAUUUUACAUAAACUAUGUUCGUUAUAUUCAUUGAAAUAUCCAAUAUAUACGACGGAUGGUGUUACAAUUGGUCCUAAAACAUUUCAUGUUCGCAGUGAAAAUACUAAAACCGAUAGACAAUCGUUAGCUUUGUAUGUACUAAACCAUUGGCAAGAGAUGCCAGUUAUUGGUUAUCAUUUAGUACCCGAAUAUGUAGAAACUAGAACAUUAUAUAAUCCAGACAUGCCUAAUUUACACCAAGGCAAAUUAGAAAUGUGGAUUGACAUGUUUUCUAAGGAUAGUAAUAUUCCUGAAAUGGUAGAUAUUAAACCACCAAUUGUUGAACUUUAUGAACUUCGUGUAGUUAUUUGGUCCGUCACUGAAGUAAAACUCGUUGAUAACAACUUUUUUACAAAACAAAAACAUACUGAUAUUUAUAUCAAAGGGUGGUUACCUGGUGUCGAAAAACAGUCAACAGACGUUCAUUACCGAUCAUUGAACGGCGAAGGAUUGUUCAAUUGGCGAUUAAAAUUCUCCUUCCCUUACAAUAAAAUGGAAAAUAUUAUUAUCUACAGAAAAAAAAAUGUUUUCGGUUUGCACUAUGAAGAACAACAAUUUAGUCCAAAGUUAAAUCUUGAAAUUUGGGACAACGAUCAGUUAUCGCCAGAUUCCUACAUAGGUUCUUUGACUUUGAACUUGAGGAAUAUGACUCGUGGUGCGAAAUCAUCGUGGAUGCAUAACUCAUCUAGAAUGCCCCGAAUAAACUUGUUCAAAGUAAAAAAAACAAGUGGCUGGUGGCCGUUCAUUUCCACGGAAAACAAUAAAAAUACUAUUGUAGGUAAAGUAAAUGCCGAUAUUCAAAUAAUGACCAAAGAAGAAGCUGAUAAAUUACCAGCUGGAUUUGGAAGAGAUGGGCCCCAACCUUUAACGGUACCAAAGAGGCCAUCAACUCAUUAUCUAAAUACAGUUAUGGAUCCGUUUAAGUAUAUAUUCCGAAGUUUAUUCGUAGCUAACAAAACAAAGUUUUUAAUUAUUUUAUUAGUUUUUUUUGUGUUAUUGUUUUUUCUUAUGUUGAUUUAUGCGAUUCCAGGAAACAUAAUAAGAAUAAUAUUUGACAAGUUCUUUAAAAAAUAA